AGAAAAAGAAAGUUCUAGGGUUUUUGAAUCUCUCAUCGACCCUGAAUCUCUCACCCACCACUCUAAUGGCAUCCAGAAAAAUUCACCUCUUCAGGCAAUCAGCUGUGAAAGCUGGAACCCCUAAGGAUUAUUACAUGAAUCCGUCUGAGAGACUGAUGGCCAAAAAAUCUGGAUGGAGUGUUGUGGAACAUGAAGAUUAUAUUGAGACGAUAUUCGACAUGUCUGCUUUUAAUUAUAAGGAAGGUGAAAUUAUUUAUGCCAAAGGAUACAACUGUCAAGCUAUUGGAGAUUCUGUAAACAAGGAUGAUGACUGCGGUUACAUUAUGAACUCUGAUUUCAUUGAUUUGAAGGGUAUUGAUGGUGAGAUGAAAGAUGGCCUUACUAAGACGUAUUUUCCCAAAAUCAAACGUGAAGAUACUAAGAAGAAGAACGUUGUUGGAUCUAGUUCAGCCUGAGUAGUAUUAGUAACAGAAAUGGAAGGUGGGUUGUUUUUCUAGUUUUUUUUUUUCAGCUUUUUUUUCUAGGAUUUCUGGUUUUAGUAUCUAGGGGUUUUUGAGAUUUAUGGUGAGAUUCGUAUUUUGAUGAUCAUCAGGGGCUUAAUGAUGUAGUCCUUCCAUUUCUGUAAUGAUAAGAAAAUUUGAGUAGUACUGGUAGUAAGAAAGUGUAGUACUAGUACUAGUAGUAUAAAAAUGGAAGGUGCAUUUCUAUGAAAAUUUCUUUCUAGCUGUUGUUUUCUUUAUUUUCUAGCAGGAGGGUUUCUGGUUUUAGUUUCUAGGGUUUUUUUAAGAGUUAUCUUGAGAUCUGGUUGGUUAUUUUGAUCAUCAGUAGGCUAAAAUGAUGAAUCCACAUCUGAUGUAAUCCUUCCAUUUCUUUAGUGACUCAUGGAUAUUAAUUAGUACUGUUAUGUUUAUCUUUUUCUUC